AUGGCCCAGCAAAGAAUAGAGGAAGAGGCCAGGAAACGAGAUCGAGAUGGUGGGAUAUAUGUUGGCACAUCAAUCUCUGAGCGGAGAUCUGACUUAGUGUACGAGCAACACACUGAUGGAAUGAAUGAGUACUUCGAGCGAGCCCUCAGUAUCACCCAACCUGUGAUAUCAGUGAUUGCACCCCAGAGUCAGCCACAAAGGGAUUCUGCUCCUGGAAAUCAAGAAAACGACGACGCCAGCCUGCAGACUCUGGCACAGGAAGGGAAGUUCGGACGGCAGAGCAUUCGGAAGAAACUGAAGAAGUUGACCUUCCACAAGCCACGUCAUCAUCCCAAGUCGCAGAGCCCAAAAACAGCUGGCGGCCAUAAGAAGAGGAAACCUUGGAAGUUCAAACUCAACUGCACUUUCGGCGGUAUGACGAGCGAAAGCCCCACGGUGGAGACCCCAACUUGUUCCCCCUGCGUGUGUACCGGAUACAAGCGUACCGAAGACCCGCAUCUCGGUCCAGGAGUAGUUUUUGAUUCUAAUGGCGAUCCUGUCCCCCCUCAUCCAGUGAUUGACUUAUCCAAGUUCAACCCUGAUGAUUAUCCGAUCGAAGACUGUGACGAGAGGGCCCGAGCCGAGCGAGCUCGAGAAAUUGCUGAAGGUGUGGAGCCACCCCCAGGAUAUCAUCUGGUUCCCGCUGGAUCGUCCCACGUUGCAGCUGCGUUCAACCCGAGCUUCUCGACCGAGACACACCUUGUCUCCUUUCUCAGUCAGCUCAAUGGCGAUGGGAUGCUGUUCCAACGAACCGUUCACACCCAGGUGGACUAUAUCCAUUGUCUCGUGCCAGAUCUGCUGGAGAUCACCAACUGCUCCUGUUACUGGGGCAAGAUGGAUCGUUACGAGGCCGAAAGCCUCCUCGAGAACAAGCCCGAGGGCACAUUUCUCCUUCGAGACUCGGCCCAGGAAGAGUAUUUGUUUUCGGUGAGCUUCCGACGUUACGGUCGCUCCCUCCACGCCCGCAUCGAACAGUGGAACCACAUGUUCAGCUUUGACUCGCAUGACCCCGGUGUGUUUGCUUCUUCGACUGUGUGCGGUCUCAUCGAACAUUACAAAGACCCCAGCUGCUGCAUGUUCUUCGAGCCCAUGCUCACGAUCCCCCUUAGGAGGAAUCAUGUCUUCUCUCUGCAGCAUCUCUGUCGGUCGGUCAUCACCAAGCGAGUCACUUACGAUGGGAUAAAUCAGCUCCGCUUACCGAAAAUGCUGAAGAGUUUCCUGAAGGAAUAUCAUUACAAGCAACGGGUACGCGUUCGACGCUUCGAGGUUGAACAUUGA